AUUGUGUCGGUGAUGUCCGAGCUGGACUUUGAGCGAGCCAGAGAGUACAUGGUGACGGUGGAGGCCCGGGACGGCGGCAUUCCGCCGCUCAGCAACCACGCCACCGUCAACAUCACCGUGCUCGACUGCAACGACAACGCGCCGGUGUUCGGGCAGGAGGUGUACAGCGCUGUUAUCCGCGAGGAUGUGGCCACAGGAGAGCGCCUUCUGCAGGUGCACGCGGCUGACCUGGACUCGGGCGCCAACGCUCGGGUGCGUUACUCGGUGACCGGCGGUGACCAGCACAGCCAGUUUGCCAUGGACGCCGACUCGGGCUACCUCUAUGUCGCCACGCAGCUCGACAGAGAAAUGGUGUCCAGCUACAGUCUGGAUGUGACGGCGACGGAUGGCGGCGAUCCCUCGCUCAGCUCGUCCGCCCAGAUCAACGUCCACGUCAGCGACGCCAACGACAACCCGCCAGUCUUCUCUCAGUCUCGCUACAGCGCCAUUAUUCAGGAGGAUAAGCCUCCCGGCCACCCGAUGCUGCUGUUCUCUGUGACGGAUGCUGACGAGGAUCCGAACGCCGGCCCGUUCACGUUCGAGGUGGCCGAGGGCAACGGCGGCAACUGGUUUGUGAUCACGGCCGGCGGACAGUUGCGCACGGCCGCCAAGUUUGACCACCGGCUGCGCAACUCGUACAAGCUGCUGGUGCGCGUCUACGACAACGGUGAUGACGUGCGCUUCUCCGAGACCUGGGUCGACGUCAAGAUAAUCGAGGAGCCGCAGUACCCGCCGGUGCUGAUCCCGCUGCACGUGUCGAUCCAGUCGUACCAGGACAGCUUCCCGGGCGCCGUGGUGGGUCGCGUGCACGCCUCCGACCAGGACCCGUACGACCGGCUGCAGUUCGGCCUGGUGGCCGGCCAGGCCGGCCUCGAGCGCCUGUUCGAGCUGGACCCGGACGACGGCUCGCUGGUGACGCUGGCCGGCAUUGACGCCGGAUUGUACCGGCUGAACGUGUCCGUGACGGACGGCAAGUUCACCAGCCACCACGGCCGUGACGGUGGAUCCUCCACGCCGCGAGCGUUCGUGCUGAGCUACAUGAAGCCGUUCCGGCGCGCGCUGCGCAAGCAGCUGAAGGUGCGCGCUAAGGACGUGCUGAUUCUGAGCGUGCACUGGUGGUGA